GGAAGCCUGGAUCAGCUGGACGAGGUGGCGGCCCUAAUCGCGGCCACCGUGCACGACGUGGACCACCCGGGCCGGACCAACUCCUUCCUGUGCAACGCAGGCAGCGAGCUGGCGGUGCUGUACAAUGACACGGCUGUCCUGGAGAGCCACCACACCGCCCUGGCCUUCCAGCUCACGGUCAAGGACACCAAGUGCAACAUCUUCAAGAACAUCGACAGGAACCACUAUCGGACGCUGCGCCAGGCCAUUAUUGACAUGGUUCUGGCGACGGAGAUGACGAAACACUUUGAACAUGUGAACAAAUUCGUGAACAGCAUCAACAAGCCCCUGGCGGCCGAGACCGAGUGCAGCCCGCCGGGGAGGAGUGCUCCCGAGAACCAGGUCCUGAUCAAGCGCAUGGUGAUCAAGUGCGCCGACGUGGCCAACCCCUGCCGGCCCCUGGACCUGUGCAUCGAGUGGGCCGGCCGGAUCUCCGAGGAGUAUUUUGCACAGACGGACGAGGAGAAGAGGCAGGGGCUCCCGGUGGUCAUGCCCGUGUUCGACCGCAGCACCUGCAGCAUCCCCAAGUCGCAGAUCUCCUUCAUCGACUACUUCAUCACGGACAUGUUCGACGCCUGGGACGCCUUUGCGCACCUGCCGGCUCUGAUGCAGCACCUGGCCGAUAACUACCAACACUGGAAGACGCUAGACGACCUCAAGUGCAAGAGCCUGCGCCUGCCGCCGCCCAGCUGAAGCCGCCGACAGGGGCCGCCGCCCGGUUCUCGCAGACCUUGCGUCUCGUCCAAGUCUUACCAUCACCGUCGCGUUCCAUCGAGAAAAAUGCCCUCCUGCGCACUCGGCGACAGAGCCCACCCUAGGCCCGCUCCGCUGUGCCGUCAUCCCGUGUGCCCCUGUCCAACCGCGGAGCGCCCCGGCUCGAGCAGGACACAGAAGCUCCGCCCUCCCACAGGAGGCACUGCGCACGUGUCCGUCUGCUCAGACUGGCCCAGCAGGCAGCCUCUGUGGUUCUUGGGGCCACCCACGGGGCCAUGGGUGACGGGGAGGCUGUGGGGACGCGUGAGCUCGCCUCCGGCUCGGGGAGGCAGCCGCGAUCCGGAGUGGGAUAUAAAAGCCAUUUAAGCUGAAUGCCCUUGGAUAAGCUUUUUUAAAAAGAAACCAAUUUAUAUGCAUUUGCUGUGCAACAUUUGUACGACCAUCGGUGUGGGGUUGCGAGGGGAGCGCCGAGGCCCGGUCCCGCCCUGGGCUGGGUGGUGGAGUGCCGCGGGAUGCAUACCUGCGGGGCGGCCCCUCGCACUCUGAGCUGCCGGUUCCAGUGUUCAGAAGCACAGUACAUAUUUUUCUACUGCCCUCUGCCAACGUCCCGCCCUAGGCUAGCUGCCCCUCUCUGUGCUGCAGCGCUGUGGGCCCUGUGGGAACUCUGGUACCAGUGUGCAGGUGUGGGUUUUCCCUUCCUGUUUGGUACCAGCACUGGGCGCUUAUAAGCAGGGCCUGUGGGCACGGAUCCUCUCACCUCUGACCUAGAUGUUUCAUAGUUCCAGACUGCGUUUAGCGUCAUCACGCCAGGGCCCCGCAGUAGAGGCCCCCAGAGGUUGCCUGUGGCCAAGUGACAGUGGUCGGGUGCCCGACCUCCUCUCCUGCUCUGAGUGGGCAGAGACCAGACAGCUUUCCUGUAAACUGCGUCACUGCCAAUGCAGGAAAAUGCAAACCCCGCUGGAGACAAGGUACAGUGUAAAAUCACUAUUAGACAGUCUCAAACCCUCUACCUGAGACUCCGGAAUGGGCUGGCCCUCCGCGCCCACGGCCGCUGCGUCCAGUGCGGUGUUCCCCGGGGCAGCACCGUGAGGGCACGUGCAGACACGGGAAAGUCUCCGUGUGCUGUGUGAGCUCCCGGCGGGAACCAGACUCCGGCCAUCUACGCGGCACUGGAAUAAAGAGCUGGUUCCAAGCCUUGCUCGCUGUCUUGUGAUCAAACUGAGAACACUGGCCUAACCCAGAAUGUAGGCCGUGUCGGAACGGGGAAAAGCCGGUGCCCAGAGGCCAACUGAGCCCCUGAGAAGGACUGGGCGGCCUUUCGGGGCCUUCACCCCGCCCCCAUUUGCAGCUCAGGCGGCAGCGCGGAGCUCAGUGGUGUAAGGGGGCAGCGGAGCUGAUGGAGCGCGAGGCCUCCCGGUUUCCCCGCCUCGCCGGGCCUCUCCUUGGUCGGACUGCUCUUGGGGCGCCCGCG